UCGCACAUGGAACGCAAAAGUGCAUAUUAAAUCUAAACACAUUCAAAAAAGAAUAUGAAUAAAACAAAUGGUUUGAUGUUGUCUUUGAAAAUAUUUUAACAAAGUUUGUGAAGGUUAAGAAAAUGUCAUUACUUUUUUAUUAACUGUUUAUUGUUUCUGCGUUUUGGCCUUUAAUAUAGCAACUAAUAAAACUGCUGUUGGGAGAGUUCAGGAAAUUUCAAUGAGUUGUCUUGAUUUGCAGGGCCAUAAAUCGUAUUGGGCAAAUUAUGUCAAGAUGUUUGUGAAAAGUAACGAGUAUCUUUCGAGUGUCAUUUGAAUGGUGAUAGUUGAUUCGAAUAAUUACCUAAUAUUGAUUUCAAAUUCAUAAAGGAUGUCCGAAUCGUAUGAUCAGCAUGCAAUUGACUUCUUGUUCAAGUUCCUGGUGAUCGGCAGUGCGGGCUCCGGCAAGUCCUGCCUCUUGCACCAGUUCAUCGAGAGCAAGUUCAAGGACGGCUCACAGCACACCAUAGGCGUGGAGUUUGGCUCCAAGAUAGUGAACGUGGGCGGCAGGUCCGUGAAGCUGCAGAUCUGGGACACCGCCGGCCAGGAGAGGUUCAGGGAGUCCUUCAAUGCGCUGGGCAACUGGCUGUCAGACGCACGGACACUGGCCAGCCCCAACAUCGUCAUCCUGCUUGUGGGCAACAAGCGCGACUUGGACGCAGAGCGAGAGGUGACGUUCCUGGAGGCCAGCCGCUUCGCGCAGGAGAAUGAGCUAAUGUUUCUGGAGACGAGCGCAAAGACGGGCGAGAAUGUGGAAGAAGCCUUUUUGAAGUGCUCCAAAACCAUCCUUGCCAAAAUAGAAACCGGCGAGCUGGAUCCGGAGAGGAUCGGCUCGGGCAUCCAGUACGGGGACACGAGCUCUCGCAGGCUGCAUCGCGAGAGCAGUCGCCGGCAGCCGGACUGCAUGUGCCGCAUGUAGGGACGCACACCUCAGUUGUCGCAGGUUUCCUCGAACGCUCACCGGGUAUUCAUUACACUGCAUCAUGUACAAUAUAUGUUUUCCUCUGACAAGCAGUGGAUAGGACUGCGUAUUGUUUUUAGACUUUCUAGCGAAUGUGGUAGCAUGUUGUUAGUUGUUACUGGUGUGUUUCUCGAGACAGUAUUUUUUAAUUUGUGUUAAAAUAAAACUAUGUAUUUCAUCACAUUGACAGCUUCUCCAUAAAUUGUUUCAUAAUGUUGAGUUUUCAAAAAUUCUUCUCAGCUUGUAACUAUCUAUCUAUCUUGUGAGAUAAUUGAACAUGGGAAAUGAAAUGGAUGCUUAUGGUAAUAUAACGUAAUCAACUAUGUUUGUGAUGACACACACACCAUUUUUAUAUAUAUAUAUAUAUAUACAGUGAUACUUUAAUGUACCUAUGUAAUUUUUCUUUUAAACUACCUGAUGAUAACAUUAUGCAAUUUAGUUCAAAUUUUAGAUUCUGUAAUCUAUAAUAUACCACCAAUUUUACUAGAAAACAUCUUCAAGUAAUUUUUUUUUUAAGCUAACAGCUUAAUGCUUUUUAUUUUUUACUGCUAUUUCUUAAAAAUUAUAGUAAUGAAAAAAUCAUUGUUUUGUUAAAAUUUCACUUAAUUUUAUUGGAGAUAAUACUAAGAUGAACUGUUUGAAUUAUAUUAUUACUGCAUUUCCUUUUAAGUUUGAAUUCACUCCAGCAUUUGCAAUUGUUAUUGCAUCAGCAAUUUAUCUACAAUUGUGUGGCAGUUGGUUUGGGUUUACAUAGUACAGUCAAACCUCUAUCUAUCGAACUCGCAUGUAUCGAUUGUCCGUGUUUAUCGUAUACUUUCUACGGUCCCGGCAAAAUUGCCAUACAACUAAGGUUAAAAAAGUCCGCUUGUACCGAUGUUCGAAUUACCGUUUUGUCCGCAUUGAUCGUACAAAAUAUGUGGUCCCGUCACUAUAAAUUAUAAUAGAUGAUUGUUUAACCAUAAAGAUUUUGCAGAAAUAACCAUUUCUUAGAAAGAAACCGUCAUAAAAACAGUAACGAUAGUAUACAGUAGUAAAAAUCACCUUAAAUCUGCAGCCAAGUAAUGGAGCACGUAAAUAUGAAAAGACAAAUGAACAACAGCUUACGAAGAAAUAUGGAUGAUGUACCAUAACUACAGUACAAACCCAAUUGUUAUCCUAAGAUAAUUACCAUAAAAAGAACUAAAGAUUCUUUGUCGAUACCAUAAUUACUACAGAAGCACGAUAGCUACCACAUUUGCACUACAGUUACCGUAACAACCGAGAUGUAUAUUUACCGUGAUGGUAAUGUAUUUAUUUAUGACUUAUUAAAAUUAAAGAACAUUAUUGAAAAAAAAGGAUGUUAAAUUUUUUAUGUACGUUUGGCACAUGUUGCGAAGAAAUAAUGCGAUCUGAAAGAAUGCAGUACUACUACGAAAAGUGAAAAGGGUACUCGUGGAUUUUUAGGUUAUGGCAGUAUCUCUCGUUUUUCAGUAAUUUCGGCCGAAAAUUAACAAACGUAUCGGAAGUCGACAGAAAUGCCAAUUCAACUAAAUAUUGGUAAAAUCGGCUUCUUCAGUACAGCUCUACAUUUGAUGACAUGAGUAAACUUAUUUCAGACUUCAGGAUAUUGAAAAAGUCUUUAAUUUCCAUGUAGAUUUAUUGUGCGUAUGUUUUUUUUUUUUGCAAGUGUAAAUUGAAUUAAGUAAAAUACUUCCAUUUUUAUUUAUUUUUCAACUGAUUUAACUUUAAUGACAAGUAACUGAUAUAUUUCUGACACUAAUUUUGGGUUGAAAUAUAAUUUUUUAAAAAUUCUUAGAGUGAAGUCCACAUCUAUUGAAUGUCCGCAUCUACUGAAUUUUUUUGUUGGUCCCCUGAAAAACGAUAGAUAGAGGUUUGACUGUAUGUUUUAAAACACCUCUGAUAGCAAAAAUUCAGUAAUAUAGAAGAAAAUUGUAUGAAAUUAUAUUUUUUAUUUGGAAACUGAAAGUAUUUAUGAGGCAGCCUGACAUUAUUGGGCUUCAGUCGUCAUCCUCAUCCUCAUCAACUGCAUUUAGCCUGCAGCCGGGUCAGCAAAGUAAACUGACCCCAUCUUCCUCUGUCACUUCUCCAUUCCUCCUCCUUCAGUCUGUUCCAUUCUUGUCCUCUCUCCUGCACUCCUUUAGCUAUAUGCUCUUCCCACCUCCUCCGUGGUCUUCCUUGGGGUCUUCUGCCUGUGUACUUCAAAUUCUUCAUUUUCCUAGACAGCCUCUCUUUUCCCAUUCUCGUAACUGCCAACAUACUUCAUUCCUACUGCUCUGAUCUCCCCAGCAUCUCUCUUGUCCACAGUCCAAGUGUCUGCUCCGUACGUGACUGUGGGCACUUGUACAACACUUGCUUGCAUUUUAAUGGCACCUCCCUCCCUCCUUCCCUCCCUCUCACGUACCUGUAGAACCUAUCUUCUUGUUUCUCGCUUUACAAUUUCCUCGUUUUUGCCUCUUCCCUUUGAUACACUUGAUGGUUUCCACACUUUUCAACUCAACACUAUCUGAUCGAUUUAAGUGAUGGUUUUAAUCUGGACUUCAGUAGUGUAUAACUAUUCUGACAGUAUAUGCUCAGAAAGAUGUAAAUAUUUUACAGUUAGUACUGCAGCACACACAAGACAGGUUACCAUGUUGCAGCAAGCAACAGUGAACAAAUGCCAUUGUUUCAUAAAAUGAACUUCUAGUGUGUGACCAAUAGAAAGUUAGUCAGACAAAAAUUUAAAUAUUGAAUAUUGUCCUGACAUUUUAUAAACUGCAGAUAAUUUGUUGUAUGUAUAUGGUGGGACAGUAUAUGAAUGAUCCUGGUUGAAAAAAAGAAUGGCAUGAAAAUGCAGUAGCUCUACAUGGUGGAUAAAGCCAAGCACUUAAGGAUGUAAUCUGGGGGAACACCGUGUCGUGGUUGCAUGCGUAUCUGGUACCCAGCAGAAGGACUGAGCGUGGAUGGUCAGUGUUUAGCAGUGGUGUCGUGUGGUUUGGGCGGGGAUCGCGUCCCAGAAGCGGUGGGCCGGUGUUUGACAGUUAUUGCCUCUGCUGUUCUGAGGCAGUGGAAGAACUUGGGACAGGAGUGGGGGCGUCUCUGCCCCCACAGUUUCAAGUGAACCGCGCUUGCAGGAGACCCAGUAACCUCGCUGGUGCGGACUGUGGACUAUCUCCCAGCCAUGUUCUACGCUUGCUUGAACAACCUAACAUAUCUUGUAUCUUCUUGUUGAUGCUAUCCUAUCACCUCCUAUCUUAAUCCUCACCGCUCAUUUAUCGAUUCAUCUCUAGGGACAGGAUUAUAUGGUUUUAUUUUUAGGCUCAUUUCAUUUUUAAAAACAGGGGAUUAUUGUGUUAUUUUUAUUUUUUAUGAAUACUUUUUAUUAAUAACUAUGCCAUAUUAUUGAACAAAUAUGACAAUAAAUAAAUAAAUGAUUUUUCUAAUAUAUAUUACACUUUUGCAGUCUAAUAAUUUUUAAUAAGCAUGUUAUAAAUAGGCAACUAUUUGUGCAUUUCGAAAAAUGUACCAAUGCCAUGAUGUAAAAUUAAUAUCAGUUCCUAGAUAAAACAGAAGUAAAAAUGUUUCCAAACUUUUUAGUGCAUACAUUUUGGUACAAAUUCCCUGCUAAAUAAAUUACAUUUAUUGAAUUUACUGUAGUAAAAGAUUAGGGUUUUGUGAUUGGAGUUAAUUUUUAGUUAUAAAUGUUAUAUGGCUUAUUGACAUGCGUUGCAGUGUUACGUAUUUCGAUUUUAUUGCAAUUCACCAUAUAAUCAUGUCCCUACUCAUGUUGUGUCUACGUGUUAGCCUCAUGUUAGGCUAUGAGAUUGUUUGGUAUAUCAGUUAUUCCCACAGUGGUUAAACCUGUUUUUUUUAUUAUUAUUAUUUAGCAUGAACUCAAUUUUUUAUCAUAACUUGUGAAAAAUCUGUCAUGCCAAAAAUAUCUUAAUUUCUUGACCUUUGUGUUACUAGUUUCCACUGGCCAAAGAAAUCUGUCCCCACCCCAAAUGCUGGUAACGUGUGUGUGGUCUUCAUUAACAGUCAACUCUGCUGUUGAGUUCUUGCUUGCAUCUCCACAAGCUAUGCCAUUACAGUAUUGGUUUCACUUGCUGAAUGUCAUAUUGUUGAACUUUUAGUCAGGGUAAUGUUAGUAAACUUUUCCAGUACAGCAUGGUUGUGAUAACUUAAAAUUUGUGUGUCUGGAAUUGGUUUUUGUGGGGAUGUGGGGAGGCAAUUGUUUUAACCCUCAACCUAAUUUUUGAGGCUGUAUUGUUGGAUAAGUUUCUCAAAUUUGGACAUGGCCUUAAUUGGAAUAUUGUUUAUGUGAUGGUAUCAUUAACAUUUGAAAAAUAUAUUGCAAUGAUCAAUAUAUGUAUUGCAUGUGCGAGAACACAUUCUGAUCUUACUUGAACUGUCCCUAUAAUGUAAAUAUAAUGAGGUGAAAACUAUGUACCUAAAUAAUUUAAAUAAGUAUGUACUUUAUUCUUUAUUUGUGUUUUUUGACAAGCAUAGUUAUUUAAGGUUGUAGUUUUGUGAGCAGAGUUGUUCCGAUGCCAACUCGAAUGUGUGAGAUGAAAGUUUUUUUAGUUCUCAUAAGAACUGAAGAAAUAGGAGUCACUUAACAUUUUUCCACUAGCACUAAUGUCAAGGGCAAGAGAAGAGGUUAGAUAACUUGAAGGAGAAAUACCUAGUAUAAAAGUACUAAAGGUGUCUAUUGGUGUUGACUUUGGUGUCUGAACAACUCUUUUUGCGGUCUUGUACAUUUGUUGGUACAUAUAUUUCUUCAAUCUGCUGGAAUAAAAAAUCAACAUUUAGGUCUUCUGUACAUAUUUUAAUAUAUUAUGGAAAUAUAUGAUGGUUACUAAUGAUUACAUACGAGGGUUAUUUUUUUUUCAACCUCCUAUCGGCUGUAAUAAAAAAAAACGGGAAUGAAUUGGGAAAUUAUUUUAAUGUCAAAAGAAACGUACAUCUUUACUUUAUUUUUCCACAUAAUACCGUGCAGAUUGAGGCAUUUGUCGUACCGAUGCACCAGCUUUCCAAUACCCUCUGCAUAAAAUGAUGCCUCCUGCCUAUUCAGCCACGUUUUAACAGUGCCCUGCAGUGUGAUUACAGUUUCAUUUCUCCAUGGCAUGCCCAUUAUUCGAUACCCUAAUCGCUCGUACACGAAUCGACACGUCUCGUAGUGUUUACCCCCUUCCACCAACCAUGUGGAGCAGCCAACUCACACCUCAGUUGUGUUUGAUCACCCUCCUUACAGUCCGGAUUUGGCACCGAGUGACUAUCACCUUUUCCCCACGUUGAAAAAGUGGCUUGGAGGACGACGCUUCAACACCAAUGAUGAACUGCAGAGCACUGUUAUAACGUGGCUGAAUAGGCAGGAGGCAUCAUUUUAUGCAGGGGGUAUUGGAAAGCUGGUGCAUCGGUACGACAAAUGCCUCAAUCUGCACGUUGAUUAUGUGGAAAAAUAGAGUAAAGAUGUACGUUUCUUUUGACAUUAAAAUAAUUUCCCAAUUCAUUCCCGUUUUUUUAUUACAGCCGAUCGGAGGUUGAAAAAAAAAUAACCCUCGUAUAUGUAUUUGGGUGGUGCCUUGUGGCAUAGGAUCUAGCAGUUAUGGCAAGGCAGUGAGUGAUCUUGCACUUAAAAGCAUUACAUUUUAAGCCCUGCCUCAUGGUUGUGACAUCACACAUUGUGUGCAGCAUUUAUUUUUCAAGUUUCAUUUUAAUUCUUGUAAUUGAUUUGGGUUUCAUUAUUUGUGAGUUUGUAAUGUACUGCAGUGUUGUUAACUAUGUGUUUUUUUAAGCAAGAUCGGUUUGUGAUCAGUUGUUCUUUUUUUUAUAUCAAAUUUGUGUCAACUAGAAUAGAUAAAGGUAUUUAUUUUAUUAAUUCAUAAAUCUAUGUGAACCCCUUAAUUAUGCCAAUUUUUUUUUAUUUUCUCCUAUAUUAUACUUUAUUCUUUAUUUUCCUGACGUUCUGUUUGUAUUUAUUCCCGGAUAAAUUCCCCCCUUUUUAUGCUUUCCAUCAUUUUGUAGCAUUUUGUCUGGUCUCUGAAUUGGUUUCAUUGUGCAUACAUUUUCAUUGAACAUAGUAGACUUGUACGAUUAUUAGUUGGGUGUUUUUUUUUAUUAUUAUUAAGUUCAAAUAUAACAAAUUUAAAAUAUUUAUGAAUACUAAUAUUGAUUUUAUGUAUAUAUGGGGAAAAUUUCUUCUUUUAAUGUAUUUUAUGAUAGUUUUAAAGUUAUAUUUUAAUAAAUAAUUGUACAUACCUGGUUUUUCAUAUAAAUGGUUAUAAAUAUUUUUAAAAUGUUACACAAAUUGUAUUUGCGUUGUUUUCAACUUAUCAAAUAAUUUCUUGAUUACAGUAUUUUCCCCAGCUUGAUAUCAGAUCUGCUUUGCACAUUUUGAAGUAAGCUCUGUGUAGUUACAUCGGACCCAUUAUCAUUGCAACUAGGAUGUACAUGUUUUUUAUUGUACACCAAUGUCUCUAUCCUCAGUGGACGACUUGAAGUGGGGCGGAACCAAGCAGUUCAAGUAACGCCACUGUCAACUGUGGGACACAAAAUGUAAAAAACAACCAGCCACUGAUAAUGGAAUAAGCUAUGUUGAAAGAGUUUUCAUGGACAAAAUCAUUUUAAUAUGAAUUUAUUUGAAGGUGGUGUAAGGAUCUCACUUUUUCUAGGACUUGGGAAGCAAAAGGCUUAAAAAACGUAAAGUUUUUAUGUUUCUGCGUAUUAUAUUGAUGUGUGGAUAGUGACGUGGUAAGAAUGUGUUUGUGAAAGCCUAUUGCUAUCCAUAGCUAAGAAAACAAAAAGGCUGGAUUUAUUAAUUUUCGUGGAGAGGAAAAAACUGAUGGUUUUGAAAUCCCACAAGCAUACAAUGCGUUAAAGCAGGGCACAUAGUAUUGAUUUACGUUCUGUUUGAAAAUGUUUCAGUGUUUGUGUUGAUUAUGUGGGAAUUGUUGGCUUAUUACUAAACAAAAUACUUAACUGCAAAAUAAAUAAAUCUCUAUUACCUAAAUAUUUCAGAAAACCAGUAUGCCUUCUACAAUGAAGUUAUCUCUGAUAACUCAAAAAUGUUACCUGCUAUAAUUUUGUUUACUGAGAAGCACAUGUUAUUACAAAAUUUAGAUUUUUUUACCACUUUUCCAUUGCAGGAACUUGCAUUAUUUGAUAAGGUAAUUCAAGAGAGUCACUGCCUUUCUAUGGAAAAACCUACAAAGGAAACUGUCUUUGUUUAAUAAAUAGUUCUCGGACACGAGAACUUUUUUUUAAUGUUAAGAGUACUCACAUUUGAUCUGUAACAAAUUUUUUUGCAUGAGAUGAUUUAGUUUCCUAGGCGUGAAUGUAAAAGUACUGGGAAUGGAAUUCUUCUUUAAGAAUUUAACGUAGUAAUUAACUUUCCUGUACUCUGCAGUGACGAAGUGUUUAGAGCACACAUGCACGUGCGCUGAGAAUUGUACUUGAGCGAUCAUCCCUGCAAAAUUAUAAUUUUUCUUAGUUAAAAUGUUCUUUUUUAAGGUGUGAAAUGCUGUUUAAGGUGUAAAACAUGAACUCUUUCAAUGAGGGAUGAAAUAAAAAUUGUAUCAUUAUUUAAACGCUCAGAACAUAAAAAAAAACAUUAAAUGCUUCCUUGCGGCCACAUGAAGCAUUAGGCAGCGACUGCUUCCUUUGUUGCCCACAUUUCCACCCUUUUCCUCAUGUGUCACGUAAACACGAUGUCAAAGGGUGAGUACCUCAAGUCGUCCAUUUUGAUAGUUGCGGGAGGUGAAAUGCUACAGACAAACAAAUGAAUGUUCAUUAUUUCAUAGUGUGCACAUUUUAAAUUGAAUUGAAUAUAAAUAAUAAAGUAUUCAAUAUGAUAUUUUAAAUUUUGGAAUGUUUGCACAGGUAUACGUUUUAGUUACAAUGUGCACUGGUUACUCAGUUGGAGAAAACCGGAUAUGUAGUCGUUCUGGGAUGGGCUAGACAUGAUGGUGGUGAUGUUGAGAAUAUGUGGACCAACCUCUUGUAUGGUCGUGUUGUACGUGGUGGAAAUGUUCAGCAACCAGGAAAGAACACUCCAUUCUUCCUUUCACACUAACAACACUGGAAGCAAUGCCACUAAAAUCAUGCAGCAAUAUAACUGAUCACACUUGGAUCACAACAUAGGGUCAUCUAGCGCUCUGACACUGUGUGUGUGCUGUUUGGUCGCAAGCCAGAGAAUAAUUAAAUAUACCUAUUAUAACAAAACAAGGGGGGGGGGGGGGGGGGCUUGCUAAUUACACACUAAUCUGUCAGUCACAUCUUAUAAUUAACAAUAGUAAAAAUGACUUGAAAAUUUUACUGAAAUUCUGACACAUCACACAAUUAAACAAAUUCUGUUUUACAGACAAAAAUAUAUUCAAUUCAAAAUUUUGUUAUGCACUAAAAAUGUAACAUUGUAUCAACUUUAUUGUGUUAAGGUACUUUGUUCUGUCUAUAAUCUCUGUGUUAAGGUACUUUGUUCUGUCUAUAAUCUCCACCCCAUAGGUCAAGACUAGAGUUUUAUUUAAAAUAUUUGUGGAUACUUGCAUUAUAGGGUAUUACAUUGGUUUUAAAGUUGAAUGUGCAAGCAUAUGUGUAAGUUAUUCUACUAGCUUUCUACUUGGCUGAAAAUAUUGUACAUAGCAUUAUUCAUUACAAGUUUGUGAUAACAUUAGUGUGAUAACAUCAUCUUGUGUCGUCAGUGCUAAAUUGUCACAGAACAAAGUUCAUGUCGCAGAUUGUUGAAAUCAUACUAGCACAAAUGACUUGCUUUAAUGUACAUAAUCUUGUAACAUAUACUAUAUUGCAAUAAAUUAAAAUACUUGCAUGAAA